AGCGGUAGCAGCUCUCUCGAAACGGUGAGGGACUUCCAGAGGAUAUCAGCGCGUGCUCGAAUGCGGCGCUGCAUUUGGUGAUACUAUGGUCUGCCUGUUGAGCACUGAGCUUCUACUUCAACUUCUACCCGCUUCGUGUUUCGCCUACUUGUGACCCCGGUUCGAGGUUCACCCGCCUUUGAGUGCGUUUUGGAAACCGCAACAAUUGAGAAACUACUCGGCGUCAUUCUCCGCUUCGCGAUGCAGCCGGCCCAGCGUUUCCUGAGGACGGCCCGAGUGGGAAACGUUCUCCUGUCGAAAGGACAACGUUCCCUGAUUCCCGCCGUGUCCCGUCACGAGGGCUACUCGAAUCAGAAGCAGCGAGCCCGAGCUUCGACCUCGGUGGCGUACCUCACGGCAGCCACCCCUCCGCCGGACCCGCACACCCUGACCGAGGCCUACGAUGCCGUGAGGAUGGGCAGUUUGGCUGGACGGGCAAAAAUCCACAGCGAAGACAAUGCCGAUCAAGACGUCGAGGCUGAAGCUUCAUCGAUGGACGCCUCUCAACUGCCCUCGACUCGCCUUGGACUCCUUGAAAGAUGUCGCAGUGAACUCUGCUCGCUGCCUCCAAUGAUCGGUCGGAGUUUCGUCGAGGCCGAGAACGCCGAACACAUCGCUUCCCCGGACACAAUCCGCAUAAUGCAGUGGAAUAUUCUCGCACAAUCGCUCGCCGAGAAGUCCGAUAAAUUCGUCUGUCCGGAGGAGGCUCUUCAUUGGAAUCACCGUCGAUGGCGGAUCCUUGAAGAAGUUCUCACCUACGGAGCAGAUAUUAUUUGCCUUCAAGAGGUCGACCACUACAAUUUCCUGAAAGCUACCCUGGGCAAAGUCGGCUUCCAGGGAUGUUUCUUCCCCAAACCCGACAGCCCCUGCUGCUAUAACAAAGGGAACAACGGUCCGGACGGCUGUGCGAUCUUCUUCGAUGCGAGCAAAUAUACGUUACUGAGAAUCGAGCAGAAGGUGCUGGAAGUAUUCCGCUGCCAGAGCAAUCAGGUGGUCGUGAUGUGCACCUUCCAGCGUAAGCUCGAUAAUCGGAAGUUCUGUGUCGUGACGACACAUCUCAAAGCCCGCGUGGGAGCGCUCCUGCCAACACUCCGCAACGAACAAGGCAAGGAUCUACUGCAGUUCGUCAAAAACAAUAAUUCACAGAACUUGCCCGUCAUUUACGCGGGCGACUUCAACGCCGAGCCUUCGGAACCGGUGUACAGGACCAUGAUCCAGUUGGGCGAAGUCAGUAGCAGCUAUGCCAUGGUGAACCCCGACGAGCGGGAGCCGGAGUACACCACUUGGAAAGUCCGAGAAGAUGGGGAAGUGUGUCACACGAUCGACUACAUUUUCUACUCUCGGAACAAUUUCACUCCUGAAAGGGUCCUGAGCAUGCCUUCAGGAGAGCAGUUAGGAGAGGGAAGAGCACCUUCUCUUGCCUAUCCGUCCGAUCACUUCUCCUUGUGUUGUGAUCUGAGACUCCUGUAG